CAUCAACCUUCGGGUCCUCACUCAGCCCAGGCCUACCACCAUCAAAGAUCACCCCGUAUCAUUCGCAGCCAUCAUGACCAUCGACAUUGCAUCAUCUUCUGCAUCGACAUCGACUGCGGCUCCCACGCUAGCCUCCCUCGAGCAGACACUGUGCUCUCCCUCUCCUCCUACACCUCUCGAUGCCCAGUUCCGCGCCCUCUUCACCAUCAAGUCCCUCUCCACCUCUUCCUCUGACCCCGCCUCUCUCCCCGAAGGAAUCCGCAUCAUCGGUCAAGCCCUCAGCACCUCCGAUUCUGCCCUUCUCAAGCAUGAGCUCGCCUAUGUCCUUGGUCAGAUGCAGGACGCGAGAGCCAUUCCUACCUUGAAGCGGGUACUGGAGGAUACAGCCGAGCAUGCAAUGGUCAGGCACGAAGCUGCCGAAGCCAUGGGAGCUAUUGCCGAUCCAGUUGCUCUGCCCAUAUUGGAGCAUUACAGGAAUGAUGAGGACGUCAGUGUCAGGGAGACGUGCGAGCUGGCCAUUAGAAAGAUCGAGUACGAGGUCAAGAGGCCAAAGGCAGAUGGUGCCAAGAAGGAAAAGGCCGAAGAUAACCCCUUUGCGCCAAUCGACCCAGCCCCUGCCUUUCCAGUCUCCUCUUCCCAGCCAGGCGCUUCAGCAGCCUCUACCUCCUCCUCUGAGCUCCUUUCCUCCAUCCCAGUCUACCGAGACACCCUCCUGGACGCCUCGCAGACCCUCUUCGACCGCUACCGCGCCAUGUUCAGUCUGAGGAAUGCAGUGCAUGCCGCUCGGCGCGAGACGGAGAAGCAGUCCCUCACACCCCAGGAACGCUCCGAAGCCCAACUCAAGGGUCGUCAGGCGGUGCAAGCCCUAUGCGACUCCCUUCAGGACAAGUCGGCCUUGUUCAGGCAUGAGAUCUGCUUUGUGUUUGGUGAGCUGGCACACGCUUCAUGCGUUCCUUCCAUGCUCAAGGUACUUGGAGAUGAUAAAGAACAUGAGAUGGUGCGGCACGAGGCGGCAGAGGCGCUUGGUGCCGUGGUUGAGGAAGGAGAUGCAGCAGAGGCGGGAGCGGAUGAGGAGAGUCUGACGAGUCAGGUGAUGAAGGAGCUGAAGAGAUGGGCCGAGGAUCUGCAGGCUCCCAGGGUCGUAAGGGAAAGCUGUAUCGUAGCGCUGGACGAGAUGGCUUACAACAACGACCCUUCGCAAUUCCAGCCGAUGGACAACGCCCUCCCCGAGCAGGUAGCUGCUGCUUGAAUCCCCUACUUCUUCGCAGCUCCGGCUCCCACUCCCUCAUUUCGACUUGUAUAUUAAUUUCAGUCAAUUCGCCCCUCUCAAUGCCACUCGUUCAAGCAUUACACCCUUCCAGCCCAAAGCCUACGUGGUACGCAAUAUUAGAUGACAAUUGACGACGACGACGAGAAGGAAAGGUAUAAAGGAAAGCGGGAGAGGAACAGCAAGAAGUACACAAAUCCAUGUAUCAAUCAGGCCCACCAGAACACGAGCGCGAAUCAAACGCCACCUUC